UACAGAGAGUGACAGAGAGAGCAGGAACAGGAUUAAGAAAGCUGCUGCCUCACUGAACGAGACACAUUUCUCAACUUUGUGGAUUUCGGGUCAAGGGUUGGAGGAAAACCCAGAUAUCUGUCAAGUAACAGUCACAUGAUGACAGACGUCUCACAAUAUCUUAUCAAUCACCUGGUGACGUUCUCCCUGCAGGAUGGGGAGGUGAAUAGUGUGGAUGAGGCCCAGUCUCGUCUGUCCCGACUGGCCCGGGCGGAGAAGCUGUGGAGCCAGCAGAUAGUUCUGGAGAUUAGCCCUGAGGCCCUCCGACUCAGAGACACACAGAGCCAGGAUGAGUUGGAGAAGUAUCCAGUUGCAUCUAUCCAUCGCUGUGACGCCAUCCUCACUGAGAAACGAUUUCCAUCCCUCCUGUUACUCGUUUGCCAAAGCGUACCUCAGAUAAAGCCUGACGUUCUCUUCUUCAACUGUGAGACCGUAAGGGCAGAGCAAAUCCGUGACGACAUCACAAGGGCAGUGUCAGGUUACUCAUCGAGGUCCAAGAAGCGCCCAGAGGCCCUCAGACUUCCUCCGAUAGACCCUGUUCUUCCUCAAAAUACCAAAGCAGCGAUGAUGGACCCCUACGGAAUUCCGAGUCCCCCCAUUCCACAUGCUCCCAAUGCCCCACCUGCCAACCCUCCACCCUACCCAGGAAUCAGAGCAAAUGGCGUCAACAGUGGGCAUCAACCUGACAGCUCUUUUCUACGAGCUGAGAAAGAAGUGGGGAUCCUUAAUCACUGUUUCGAUGACAUCGAGGUCUUCAUGGCAAAGCUCCAACAGACUGCAGAAGCUGCCUCCGUUUUAAGCCAGAGGAAGAAGAAGAAGAAAAGUCGCAAGCAAACAGCAGAGGAGGACUUGCUUACUGCAAAAGCUCGCCCUCCACCCGAAGAAGAAUUCAUGGACAUCUUCCAAAAAUUGAAAUACUGCUUCAGCCUACUGGCUCGGCUCAAGUCUUCCAUCUCCAACCCAUCCUCAGAGGAGCUGCUCCACCAUGUGUUCAAACCUCUGGAUAUGCUGGUGAGGACUACCGGGGGCCCUGCCCUAGGGGCCUCAGUGACCAGUCCUGCCCUGACCAACUCAGCCGUAACCCUGCUUCAAGACAACCUGUCUGAGGAGGAGAGGCUGCUAUGGACGUCUCUGGGGCCCCACUGGACACUCCCACGUUCCCAGCUCAAAGGGCCAGUGGCCCCAUACACACCAGUAUUUCUGGACGGGUGGAAGCCAGAGGCCUCCAGGGCAGACAGGCAGGUUUAUGAGGAUCCAGUUGAGUCACAACACAAACAUGAAGCCCUGAGAGAAAAACAAGAGUUGCAGCCUACUCAGCCAGUUGGACCUCCAGUCACCCCUAAGAGCAAUGAAAUGGAUAGCAGUGUCCUACCCCCCGAGGGAGAGAGGAUGUACAGUUGCAGCUAUGACUUUGUGGCUCGCAACAACAGUGAGCUGUCAGUACAACAGGGAGAUACACUGGAGGUCGUGGAGUCUUCCAAACGCUGGUGGAAGUGUCGAAAUCGCUUCAACGAGGUUGGCUUUGUCCCAUUCAACAUCCUGGAGCCAAUGGCUCACAUAGACAGCCCUGUCACCAUGAGAGAACCUAAGCCUCCGGUCUCACCUGCCCUGACCAAGACUCACAUUCCUCCCAGCCCUCCAGCCUUUAACCCUAGCUCCUUGACUCCUAGCCCCUCAGCGCACCACCGCCCUCGCCCACUAUCAUACAACCAAUACAGCCAACACAUUCCAGCCGGAGAUGACGCAGACAAAGUCAUGAUGGUGAAUGACGAACUGCUCCAGAGACUGACCAAUGGGAAGGCCAACCUGAACAAGCCACUGGUCAUCCCUCGCUCGUCGGACACCUUGGUCCCUCUGGACUACAACUCACCCCCCGAGGAGGUGGAGCAGUGGCUCAGGGGGAAGGGCUUCAGUGAGACGACGGUGACAUUACUGGGAAAGCUGACAGGAGCCCUGCUCUUCUCUCUGAACAAGGAGGACCUACGACAAGUCCUACCAGAUGAGGGCGCCAGAGUGUACAGCCAGCUCACUGUGCAGAAAGCACUGUUGGAGGACGCCCGGAAGGCCACUGAGCUGGAGGCAGUGAUGGAAAAACAGAAGAUGAAGAUGGAUCUGAAGCUGGAGAGUAGCACACUAUAAGACCCACGUUUCAGACAUCAUGUGUCACUCCCCCAUAAAAGGAAGAAUCCAACUGAAAGAGAAAAAAGCCAGCACCACUGGCUUGAUUCUAUCUAACAAACAUUCAAAAACUGUCAGAUGUAACAUUAUGCAAAUAUUCAUUUUAUGGUUGCUCUUCAAGCCAGGCUGUGCAGUCUUGGAUCAAGGCUUUGUUUUUUUGUUGCAAAUGCUUGCUUCGGUUAAAACUUUUUAGGAUAAAUUGUCCUCUGUUAAGCCAAUGUACAAUUACACUUAGGCCCUGAGCAAUGAUCUCAGGUAAAUAGAUUAAUACAACUUUGGGAUUUUUAUUCAGGCUUCAGAGAAAAUCAUCUUCUAGCAAAAUAAUACAAACAGACCAAACCAAUACUAGAGCUGGCACCCAUUAGGAACAGUUAUGCAUUCCUUUAUAUGUGUUUGCAUCCAAUUUCAAGUGACUGACAUACAUGAACCAACAUAUUCAGAAGAUGUACAAGCUGUGGAUUCAGCAUCAAAAUACUGGAAAGUAAAAUGAACAUAAGCAGGUACUUAGGAUAUUGUUCCCAGCACCAAGUGUCAUAGUCCAAAACCAGGGUAACGUAACUGACUACCUGGGUAACGUAGCUGACUACCUGGGUAACGCAGCUGACUACCUGGGUAACGUAGCUGACUACCUGGGUAACAUAGCUGACUUCCUGGGUAGCGUAACUGACUACCUGGGUAACGUAGCUGACUUGCUGGGUAACAUAGCUGACUUGCUGGGUAACAUAGCUGACUUCCUGGGUAGCGUAGCUGACUACCUGGGUAACGUAGCUGACUUGCUGGGUAACAUAGCUGACUUGCUGGGUAACAUCGCUGACUUCCUGGGUAGCGUAACUGACUUCUAGGGUCACAGAGUCAUUAUCAAUCCAAAACAGCAUUUCCUACUCAAUCCAUUGGAGACCUGCAAAGUCCAUCAUGUCUACUACACACAAAUACAGACUUCACAUGACAUGAAAACUUGGAACAAACUUGUAAAAUUCUCUCUCUCAAAAAAAAAAAAGAAGACUCCAUUUCUGAACACAAAGGACAAUAAAAUCUAAAGCGUGAGGAAAUCCUUAUGACAUAUUCAUUCGAACUGCUGCAAUCUCUCCAAAUAUAAAUGUCUCGUUAGUCAGUCUAGGCCACAACUAUAGAAGCAAAGGGUAUUUCACAAGCUGACAGAAAUGAGCUAACUAAUGUUCACAACUGACCAAAUUCCUUUUGUAUUUCCAAAUGUCCUGAUCCAGUCAAACAACUAUAUGUCUUCGUUGAUCAGUCUUAUAAUCUGUUCUGCACAUAUCUGACCUAUGAUUACUGGUAUGUUAAAUAUUUUUUGCAACUUUAACUGGCAAAUUACUGCGACCAGCAUAGUGAAAUAGCCUCUAGGAUGGGAAGGAAGCCUCGAAGAGUGAAGACAAUCUAAGGCAGUAUGCCGAGUUGUGUUCAUUAGGACACUAAUUGCAAACUUUUCACUAUGUUUUUAGGGAGAGCAAAAAUGUGCUUUUCUUAUUGGACAAAUCCAGAUGACGCCUCCCUGUUUCAGUCCAGUUUCUUCUGUUUGGUGCCUAAUGAACAUGACCCAGGACAGUAUGCAGGAAGUAUGAUUAAGCAGUGUCUCAAUCGCACAGCAAUCCUGACAGUUUAAAAGUAACAGUAUCAAAACAAAGAAACAUUUAAAUCCUCUAUUCUUUAAUUUUAUGGUUCAUUCAAUGGUCAUUAAUUUAUAAUUUCUAUAGCUACCACUUAAAUUGUAUAUUUAGGAUAGUUUCAUAGAAUAUGUAUAUAAAAUCAAAUUAAUUGCAAUCAACAGCCAUCACUUAAAACAUAUGCUGGCAGGACUUUGUGCACCCCCACAACAUUCAACAACUACCGAUAUAUUUGAAUGCUUGAAAUAUAUACAGUACCAGUCAAAAAGCCACAACACAACUAAUUGGAUCAAACGUAUUAAGGAAAGAAAUACAACAAAUUAACUUAAAGGCAUACCUGUUAAUUGAAAUGCAUUCUAGGUGACUACCUCAAAGCUGGUUGAGAGAAUGCCAAGAGUAUGCAAAAGGGUGGCUACUUUUAAAAUAUAUUUGGAUUUGUUUAACACUUUUCUUGGUUACUACAUGAUUCCAUACGUGCCAUUUCAUAGUUUUGAUGUCUUCACUAAUGCUCUACAAUGUAGAAAAUAGUAAAAAUAAAGAAUAACCCUUGAAUGAGUAGGUGUGUCUAAACUUGACUGGUACUGUAUAUAUUUGCUCAAUAUACGAUACACACACACACACACCUGUGGUCAUAUGAGCUCUAUUUAUUUGGGACACAGUGGGUUGGCUGGAAUAUCUGUCAAAUCAAAACGUCUCUGGACAUUGCUGUUAAGAGAGUCCUUAUAGAUAUGUGGACAGGUAUGAAAGAGAGAACAGGAGGUUGUGUUUUGAGGAUGGAUAGAUAGCGAGAGUCCUCAGAGGUCCCCGGUGUCUCUGUCCCUGUCCUGCACCCGGCGGGAGUCAGUCCUCCCGUUCUGAUCCCUGCUGUCUUGCCGCCUCUCGGAGGAUCCCCUCUUCCUGCUUCGCUCCCGUGAAUGGUCUCUGGAGGAGCGCUCUCGAUCCCUGGACGACCUGGAACCGUUCCACACGGUCUUGUUACACACACAUCUAAUGUACAUUUAUUAUGAGAAGAGCUUUUAUUAUUGUGUACAUGUCUGAGUAAUGAGAUGACGUAUGUGUGUGUGUUCUCUCCUACUUGUGUCUGGUGCUGGGCUCGUGGCGGUGGCCCUUGCUGCAGGAUCGGCUGCGGUGGCGUCUCCUCCUCUCCCGGUCCCUGGAGCGCGAGCGGGAGGAACGCCGCCUCUCCCGAGAUGAGGAACGCCGUCUCCUACGUUCGCGAGAGCGGGACCUGCAGCACAGACACAGAAAAGUUCUAUAUACACAAUAUCAUUGUUUAUUACUGUAUCUAAUCUAGUUCAUAUGGCAGCAGAUGGCCGGGGGCCCAUACUAACCUAUGUUCCCUGCUCCGUUCCCUGCUCUGUGAUUUGGUCCUAUAAAAACAACAGACAAUAAUUAA